UCUCCAGCCGCCGGGUACUUUGCAAAGAGUUGGGAAGUUGUAGUCUGCAGGCGCUUUACUUUUUCUGAAGCUCCGGAGACGGGUGGAAACAGAUCUCGGCGGGAGAGACUGGGAUUCUUCCCACUAGUCCAGAUACUUGUUGAAGUACUGAAUAGUUUCUUUGGGAAAGAUGUCAAGGAAGAGUUUCAGUUCCUAGACUGGCAUAAGAUGUACAUUUUUCAGCUGGGAAUGAGAUGUUCUUGAAUUCUUACAACUUCAUGAAGAGACCCAUGUUUGGUGCUACUGAGAAAUCUGUUGGGAAGUUUGAAGACACUUCAAAUAACAGAUUGUUUUGGUUUUAAAAGUAGAAAUUGGGAGGCACUCAAUUUCAUGCAAGGAGGAAGCACUCAGGCCAGGAAACUUGUAUGCUAUGGUUAACUGGUUCCCAGUCUCCGAGAAUGUUGUUUUCCAUGGUGUAAAGCUUACUCAGCAUCAGGAUAAAGGAUAACGACUCUAUGGAUAUACAGAAUCCUUCACCAUGGUAAAACUCGCUAACCCGCUGUAUACGGAGUGGAUUUUGGAGGCCAUCAAAAAAGUGAAGAAGCAGAAGCAGCGUCCUUCAGAAGAAAGGAUAUGCAAUGCAGUGUCUUCAUCCCAUGGCUUGGAUCGUAAAACUGUUUUAGAACAACUGGAGUUGAGUGUUAAAGAUGGAACAAUUUUAAAAGUCUCAAAUAAAGGACUCAAUUCCUAUAAAGAUCCAGAUAAUCCUGGGCGAAUAGCACUUCCGAAACCUCGAAACCAUGGAAAAUUGGAUAGUAAGCAAAAUGUAGAUUGGAAUAAACUGAUUAAGCGGGCAGUUGAGGGCCUUGCAGAGUCAGGUGGCUCAACUUUGAAGAGCAUCGAACGUUUUUUGAAAGGUCAGAAGGAUGUAUCUGCAUUAUUUGGAGGCAGUGCUGCCUCUGGCUUUCACCAGCAGUUACGAUUGGCUAUUAAACGUGCAGUUGGCCAUGGCAGGCUACUUAAAGAUGGACCUCUCUAUCGGCUCAACACUAAGGCAACCAGUGUGGAUGGGAAAGAGAGUUGUGAGUCUCUUUCUUCUUUACCUCCAGUGUCACUGCUUCCACAUGAAAAGGAUAAGCCGGUUGCUGAACCAAUUCCCAUCUGCAGUUUCUGUCUUGGUACAAAAGAACAAAACCGAGAAAAAAAGCCAGAGGAACUCAUCUCCUGUGCUGACUGUGGCAACAGUGGUCAUCCAUCCUGUUUAAAGUUUUCCCCUGAACUAACGGUUAGAGUGAAGGCCUUACGAUGGCAAUGCAUCGAGUGUAAAACAUGCAGCUCCUGUCGAGAUCAAGGCAAAAAUGCAGAUAACAUGCUCUUUUGUGAUUCCUGUGACCGAGGAUUUCACAUGGAGUGCUGUGACCCACCACUUACCCGGAUGCCAAAAGGCAUGUGGAUAUGUCAGAUAUGUCGACCUAGGAAAAAAGGACGGAAACUUCUACAGAAGAAGGCAGCACAGAUAAAACGGCGCUAUGCUAAUCCAAUAGGACGUCCAAAAAACAGGUUAAAGAAACAAAACACGGUAUCAAAAGGUCCCUUCAGUAAAGUUCGAACUGGCCCUGGAAGGGGUCGGAAACGUAAACUCACCCUCUCUAGCCAAUCAGCAUCAUCAUCAGAAGAAGGAUAUUUAGAACGAAUAGAUGGCUUGGACUUCUGCACAGAUAGUAAUGUCCCCUUGAAGUUCAACAAGAAAACCAAAGGGCUCAUUGAUGGCCUUACCAAAUUCUUCACCCCUUCCCCUGAUGGGCGGAAACCUCGAGGGGAGGUGGUAGACUACUCUGAGCAAUACAGAAUCAGGAAAAAGGGCAACAGAAAAUCAAGCACUUCAGAUUGGCCCACAGACAAUCAGGAUGGCUGGGAAGGCAAACAAGAAAGUGAGGAACGACUUUUUGGAAGUCAAGAAAUCAUGACUGAGAAAGAUAUGGAGUUAUUUCGUGAUAUCCAAGAGCAAGCACUGCAGAAAGUUGGAGUGACUGGUCCCCCAGAUCCACAAGUCCGCUGUCCCUCUGUCAUUGAGUUUGGGAAGUAUGAAAUUCACACCUGGUACUCUUCCCCAUAUCCUCAAGAAUACUCAAGGCUGCCUAAAUUAUAUCUUUGUGAAUUCUGUCUAAAAUACAUGAAAAGUAGAACUAUUCUGCAACAACACAUGAAGAAAUGUGGUUGGUUUCAUCCUCCUGCCAAUGAGAUUUACAGAAAGAAUAAUAUUUCUGUUUUUGAGGUUGAUGGUAAUGUGAGUACCAUGUAUUGUCAGAAUCUGUGUCUCUUGGCAAAGUUGUUUCUUGACCACAAAACACUCUAUUAUGAUGUGGAGCCAUUUCUUUUUUAUGUCCUAACACAGAAUGAUGUCAAGGGCUGCCAUCUUGUUGGCUAUUUUUCUAAAGAAAAGCACUGCCAACAGAAAUACAAUGUUUCCUGUAUAAUGAUUCUUCCCCAAUACCAGCGUAAGGGCUAUGGCAGGUUUCUCAUCGAUUUCAGUUAUUUGUUAUCAAAACGUGAAGGACAAGCAGGAUCUCCAGAGAAACCAUUAUCCGAUUUAGGUCGUCUUUCCUACAUGGCUUAUUGGAAAAGUGUAAUAUUGGAGUGCCUUUAUCACCAAAAUGACAAGCAAAUCAGCAUUAAAAAGUUGAGCAAGUUGACUGGAAUCUGCCCUCAAGAUAUUACUUCCACACUCCACCACCUCCGAAUGCUGGACUUCCGUAGUGACCAAUUUGUGAUCAUUCGCCGGGAAAAGCUUAUCCAGGAUCACAUGGCAAAGCUUCAACUGAAUCUGCGACCUGUAGAUGUAGAUCCAGAAUGUUUGCGCUGGACUCCUGUUAUUGUCUCCAAUUCUGUUGUCUCAGAGGAGGAAGAAGAGGAGGCUGAGGAAGGAGAAAGUGAAGAACCUCAGUGUCAGGAAAGAGAAUUAGAGACAAGUGUAAGGGUGUUAAAGUCUGCUUCUCGGGAGAACAAAGAACAAGAUUCUUAUUCUUCAGUAGAAAGUGAAAAGAAACCAGAAGUUACUGUACCAGCUAGUUCUACACGUUUGAACAAACAAGUUCUUCCCUGUGAUAGUCUUCCUGCCAAUAAUCAGCCAUCUCGGAGAGGCCGCUGGGGGAGAAAGAACAGAAAAACCCAAGAUCGUUUUGGUGAUAAAGAUUCUAAACUGCUCUUAGAAGAGACAUCAGCUCCUCAGGAGCAAUAUGGUGAAUGUGAAGAAAAAUCAGAAACUUCCCAAGAACAGUACACUGAAAGUGAGGAGCAGUUGGCACCUUCUCAGGAGCAGCCAAGCCAGGAUGGGAAGCCAGACAUUCCCAAAAGAAGACUAAGUGAAGAGGUCAGAUUAUGGCGAGGUCAGCUAAAGAAAAGCCCUGAAGCACUGAGGUGUAGAUUACCAGAAGGCAAUGAUAGACUACCUCGUCGCUAUAGUGAUGGGGACAGGGCUCUUCUGAGGGGCUUCAGUGAGAGUAGUGAGGAGGAAGAAGAGCCAGAAAGUCCUCGUUCCAACUCGCCACCAAUUCUUACAAAGCCUACCUUGAAGCGAAAGAAACCAAUUCUUCACAGAAGGAGGAGAGUACGAAAACGCAAACACCACAAUAGUAGUGUGGUCACAGAAACAAUUUCUGAGACAACAGAGGUAUUAGAUGAACCUUUCGAAGACUCUGACUCCGAAAGGCCGAUGCCAAGAUUAGAACCCACAUUUGAAAUUGAUGAAGAGGAGGAGGAAGAGGAUGAAAGUGAACUCUUCUCUAGAGGAUAUUUCUGUCAUUUGUCCUCACAAGAUGUCCUCAGAUGUCGAUCAUCUUCUAAAAGGAAGUCUAAAGAUGAAGAAGAUGAAGAGUCAGAUGAUGCUGAUGACACUCCUAUCCUAAAACCAGUAUCUCUCUUGAGAAAAUGUGAUGUGAAGGAUUCUUCACUCGAGCCAGAUACAUCCACACCUAUGAAAAAGAAAAAGGGAUGGCCCAAAGGCAAGAGCCGAAAACCAAUCCACUGGAAGAAGAGGCCUGGUCGAAAACCAGGAUUGAAGUUGAAUCGAGAAAUCCUGCCUGUUUCUACUCAAGAAAGUAAUAUUGAGCCCAUUGCUCCCAUUCCUAAAUCUGGACGUAAAUCUAAAAUUCAAGAGAAUGAAGAAACUGUUGAAUCAAAAGAAGACUUGACCUUAACCGAAGAAAGAAAGGAGGAGGAGGAGGAGGAAGAGGAAGAGGAGGAGGAGGAAGAAGAGGAGGAGGAGGAGGAGGAGGAGGAAGAGGAGGAAGAGGGACAUGUGGAAACAGAAGAGGUUGAAGAGGGAGAAGAAGAAGAUACAACCAGCAGUGAAGUUAGAGCAGCUUCUCCAGUAGAGAGCAAUAAUAGUCCUGAGACUGAAACAAAAGAGCCCGAGGUUGAGGAGGAAGAAGAAAAACCCCGUGCCAUAGAAGAGCAGAGGCAGUCAGAGGAAGAACAGCAAGAACUGGAAGAGCAGGAGCAAGAGGAAGAGGAUGAAGUGGCUGUAGCGACCAACCAGAAUGAAGACCAUGAUGCAGAUGAUGAGGAUGAUGGUCAUCUAGAAUCUAUAAAGAAAAAAGAGCUAGAAGAACAGCCCAUUCAAGAAGAUGUCAAGGAGGAGGAGCCUGGUGGCCAGGAAACUUUUUUAGAAACUAAUAUGCAGAGCAGUCAGGAGAAUAUAAAGGAUAAAGAUGAAACAGAACCAGAUUCUGAAGAGGAGCAGACUUCUCAUGAAACAUCUGUGAUAUCAGAGCAUUUGCCAGGGUCUGAGGAUGAUCAUGAAGAAGACUCAAACUCUAAAGAAGAGUUGAUUGAGUUAAAAGAGGAAGAAGAGAUUCCUCAUAGUGAACUGGACCUGGAAACUGUGCAAGCAGUGCAGUCUUUGACUCAAGAGGAAAGCAAUGAGCAUGAGGGAGCCUACCAGGACUGUGAAGAAACUCUAGCUGCUUGCCAGACCCUACAGAGUUACACCCAGGCGGAUGAAGACCCUCAGAUGUCAAUGGUUGAAGACUGUCAUGCUUCCGAACAUAAUAGCCCAAUAUCUUCUGUUCAGUCUCAUCCCAGCCAAUCAGUCCGUUCCGUCAGCAGUCCCAAUGUGCCUGCCCUUGAAAGUGGUUUCACCCAGAUCAGCCCAGAACAAGGAUCCCUGUCCGCACCUUCUAUGCAGAACAUGGAGACCAGCCCCAUGAUGGAUGUGCCUUCCGUAUCAGACCACUCUCAGCAGGUGGUGGACAGUGGCUUCAGUGACCUGGGCAGCAUUGAAAGCACCACAGAAAACUAUGAGAACCCAAGCAGUUAUGACUCCACAAUGGGUGGGAGCAUUUGUGGGAAUAACUCUUCUCAGAGCAGCUGUUCUUAUGGUGGGUUGUCAUCCUCCAGCAGCCUAACUCAGAACAGUUGUGUUGUCACUCAGCAAAUGGCAAACAUGGGCAAUAGCUGCAGCAUGAUGCAACAGAACAGUGUCCAGCCUGCUGCCAACUGCAAUAUCAAGUCACCUCAGAGUUGUGUGGUGGAGAGGCCUCCCAGUAACCAGCAGCAGCCACCACCGCCACCACAGCAGCAGCAGCAACAGCAGCAGCAGCAGCAGCAGCAGCAACAACAACCAGCACCACAGCCUCCACCACCCCAGCAGCAACAACAACAGCAGCAGCAGCCACCUCAGCCCCAGCAGCCUCAACCCCCACCCCCACCCCAGCAGCAGCCCCCCCUUUCACAGUGUAGUAUGAGUAACAGUUUCCCUCCAGCACCUAUGAUCAUGGAGAUACCAGAAUCUGGAAGCACUGGGAACAUAAGUAUCUAUGAAAGGAUUCCUGGGGAUUUUGGUGCCGGCAGCUACUCUCAACCAUCAGCCACCUUCAGUUUAGCUAAGUUGCAGCAGCUGACUAACACCAUUAUGGACCCUCAUGCCAUGCCUUAUAGCCAUUCUCCUGCUGUGACUUCCUAUGCAACCAGUGUUUCUUUGUCUAACACAGGACUGGCUCAGCUAGCUCCAUCGCAUCCAUUAGCUGGGACCCCUCAAGCACAAGCCACCAUGACACCGCCCCCGAACUUGGCAUCUACCACCAUGAACCUCACAUCACCUCUGCUACAGUGUAACAUGUCUGCCACCAACAUCGGCAUUCCUCACACCCAGAGGUUGCAAGGGCAAAUGCCAGUCAAAGGGCACAUUUCCAUCCGUUCCAAAUCCGCACCACUGCCCUCUGCAGCUGCUCACCAGCAACAGCUGUAUGGACGCAGCCCACCCGCGGUUGCCAUGCAGGCUGGCCCUCGUGCAUUGACUGUUCAGCGUGGCAUGAACAUGGGGGUUAAUUUAAUGCCAACCCCCGCCUAUAAUGUCAAUUCCAUGAAUAUGAACACCUUAAAUGCCAUGAACAGCUAUCGAAUGACACAGCCUAUGAUGAACAGCAGUUACCAUAGUAACCCUGCCUACAUGAACCAGACAGCACAGUAUCCUAUGCAGAUGCAGAUGGGGAUGAUGGGAAGCCAGGCCUAUACCCAGCAGCCUAUGCAGCCAAACCCUCAUGGAAACAUGAUGUACACUGGCCCCUCCCAUCACAGCUAUAUGAAUGCUGCUGGCGUGCCCAAGCAGUCACUCAAUGGACCUUACAUGAGAAGAUGAGCAAGAUGAACUUGCAGUUAAAAACUUAAAUAUAUAUAAAUAAAGGAACCUUUUAUACUGACAAACCAGAGAAAAAUGGACCUUUUUUUCCAGUUAAAAUAUUGCUGUAGAUUUAGAGGAAUUUUUCUUUGGUUUAUUUUAUUUUUUAGAAAACCUGGUCUUUUUUUUUUUUUUUUUUUUGGGUUCAUUUUGUUCUCAGUCUUGGUUUUCUUCACAAUCUUGAACAUUUUACAAUAGAACUCAUCUAAAAGUGGAUUUGGGGAUGGGGAAACAUGCACACAAAUUUUUCAUAAUUAAAAAGAGCCUUACUUUCUUUACACACCACAUGGACAGAAUCUCUGUAUAAGUGAAUUACCUUUAUUUUAUUUUAAGAUGUAUGUUUCCCCUCACUGUUUGCAGCUCCCAGUGUUGUCCUUUUUAAAUGUUAUAUAAUACAUCUCGAGGGUUAACCAGACCCUUUCCUCCAAACCCAACCUUUCAUUUCCUACUUCAUUCCAGCAGGAGGCACUUAUGGGAGACUCGGAUGGGAGACACAUGGAGAACAACCCAAGCUCCUUAAACUUGUUAUUAUUGUUAAUAUUAUUAAUAUUAUUAUUAUUAUUAAAGUGAGGCAGGAAAAUGCUUCUCCUUUUAAAAUCCCCUCCACUCCCUAUACACACACACACACACACACACACACACACACACAGAUACACAUGCACACAGAUACACACACCUCUUGAAAUCGUUCCCCAAGAAUGUUUCUUUAUAUAUGAACUUCAUUAAAAUGUUUGUUUUUCUUAAAUCAAGUGUAACAUAAUUUUUUACUAUUCCCACUCAGCACUCAGAGACACAAAAAUACUGUAAGUCUCAACAGCAGAAACUCAGAGGAAAGCUGUUUGCAUUCCUAUUCCAGCCUUGAAGGAACAGAGAUGGUCAAUUUACAGUCAAAAAGAGGAAAUUAACCUCUUGUUUUUUACCACCUGGUGAAUCAGCCAUAAUGCACAUAUUCCACACAGUCUCUUGUUUUUAGUAUGUACUUUGAGAUGCUAAGGGUCUCUAUUCUUGAGCCUUUGACUCUUUGAUUAAACUCAAAUAGCAGUCCCCAGUAAUUAGCCUCUUACAUUCUUACAUAAAGUGUUUGUGGAUGACUGUACAUUUCAGAGAUUUGAAAAAAUAGCCAACAAAUCUCUGACACUGAUUAUUUUAUGUUGGAAGAGAUAAUGCAAAAUGUGUGUCAUAAAGGGAGAUCAUGGUGUGAAUUUUAUAGCUACUUAACUGAUACAUACCUCUAAUUUUCAUUUGUCUUUGAAGAGCCUGAGUUCAUUCCCUGUGAAACAGAGUGCACCAGCCCCUCGCCUGUGAGUGGCUAAAGAGAAGAGGGAUAAACCAACCACCAGCAUUGUAGGGCAGAUCUGGAAAGCAGGGUUUUAGUAGGCUCCUAUGUUGCUCCUAGCUCCAUUAUCUUUUUCUCUUGUGCAGCCAAUUCUCCCCUUCUCUUCCUAUUACUUGCUCCAGGGAUAGGUAAAAAAAAUAUAUAUCUAUAUAUAUCUAUAUAUGUGUGUAUUCCAUCAUUAGAAGAUGGAAGCUAUCUAUUAUACCACUCGGUAUGUGCAGUCAAAUAUCCAAAAGGGGGAAGAACUGCUUAAAGAAAUACCUGUAAGCAUUUAACUCUCUCCUUUAUUUGUACAUUUUAUAUAGAUAAAUUUUUGAAGUACUAAUUAGGCAUUAAAUUUUUUCAAAUGCACAGGUUUGUUCGUUUUUUUAUAUACACUUUAAUUGACUUUUCUCAAAUGUGUAAGGUAGAACAAGGCAGAAUUCCACAUUUUACCGCUAUCAGUUCUGAGCAUGUGCAAGGCUGUGUAGGACCCAGUUUCUCUGUAUAUACUCUUCCAGUUCCCAGUCAUCUAUGUAGAAAGUGCACUGUGCUGCCCUCUCCCUACAUCUUCAGCUAUGUCAUUGCUUCCUGGUUGGGGUGGGGAUGGGGUGGGUCGGGAGGGAGGUAUAAUGGGAGGAGGGUGGGCCAAGGCAGAAGGAGAAGCUGUUGAAAUGAGGGCCGUGAAUUCAGUUUCCGUUGGUUAGCGGUUGUGUUUGAUUUUGUUUCUUUCUUAAAAAAAAAAAAAAAAAAAUUCAAUCGGGCAGCUCCCUUUUCCACAAGCCUUUUUGUGACUGUAGAACUAUUAUAGAGAAAACGUUCUUUUCUAUAUUAUAAAAGAAAUUAUCCAACACAGUAAUAUUGGUACCUGUCAUUUUUUCACUUCUGUUUUAAAAAAAUGUAUUUUUAGCAAGAUAACUUGGGUAAUCUUCUAAAAAAGAAAUUUAAAAAAACUCACUGUUAGUGACUUUGAUGCCUUUUAAAAUAAGAGCUUUUUCAUUUCAUUCCAUCUUUAAAAUUUUUUAUCUUUGUUGUAGAAUAUUAAAAACUAUUUUAAGAAAGAUAAAAAUUCUCUUUAAAGAGAUCUCUAGAGUGUGUGAAUAGAGCUCCAGAUGCCUCUAAAAGCCGCAUGUACAAAUGAAGCUAAGUCUAUUACUGUCUGUUUAUAUUUGCUUUUCCUGUUUUGUAACCUCUUUGUACUUUGUUCAUGGUGACUUGUAAGCUAAGGGGAAGGGGUGCCUAAAUGCCUUUGUAUUUCUCCAUGUCAUGCGCUCCUGGGCCAGUUGGUCUCCCUUCCUCUCCUUGUAUGUAAUAUCACUUUUUCCCCCCCUUUCUAGCAAGUACUUUCAAAAGAACUCUGUACAUUUUAACAUAAAAAAAUAAAUUAUGUUGAGCCAUUUUGGA